AUGGACUUUAACUUUAAAUAUGCGGAGUCAAUAAAUGGAAUGCUUGUAUCAGCUAGAGAACUGUCAAUUUAUGAAUUUCUUAAGAAAGUUCGAAUACUGUUAGCAAAAUGGAAUUGUGCAAAUAGGCAGGAGGCUUCAUAUUCCUUCACAACACUCAUUGGAAAGUUUAAUGACAUACUCAGUGAGAACGAGGCUUUGUGUACUCGUAUGACGGUUGUACCAGCCACAGAAUAUAUGUACAUGGUACACGACAAACAAAAGCACUUCAUUGUUUGCAUCAAGGAAAAAAAGUGCUCAUGUAAUGCUUUUCAAAUAGACGAGAUACCAUGUGCACAUGCUUGA